CGCUCACUCACUCUGACUCCAGUGCCUGGGCAGCGAAGAGAGGUGCGAGACUUUUCAGCGCCGUGUGGAUUCAGAUGAGCUGAACUUUAAGGGUGUUUUCUUAAGUCCAUUUUUGGGGCAGCGUCUUGUAGACCACGUGUAAAGGAACGGUGACAUGUUUGUAACCCGGAGCUAAAGCUAGUUUUUAACCGUUUAGACCCAGCGCGAGCCGCUUCCAACGAGACUGUUUUUUUUUGAGAAGUCACCGACCUGAGAGAGGCUGCUCGCUUUUGGGCUGGCUAACUCUAUGUGGAUUUUACUGAAAGUAUGGAGCAGAUACCCGGUUUAUCCCUGGGCAGGUCUCUAGUCCUGGUCUUCUGCUUCAUCCAGCUGUCUCACGCUCUCCAGUGUGUGAAUGAUAAGGCACCUUGUGUGAACAACGCUACAUGUUUAACCUUUACCAACGGAACAGAAUACUGCAGAUGCGCUGCAGGCUUUCUAGGAGAAUACUGCCAACAUAAGGACCCAUGUCAGCCUGGCUACUGCCUAAAUGGGGGGAACUGCUCUGUGUCCAUGUCAGCUGGUGUCCCUGUACCUGGUAGUGCCACCUGCACCUGUCCUCUCGGCUACACUGGACAACAUUGCCAAACUCCUCAGAACUCCACGUGCUACCCAAACAACCCCUGUGCCAACAGAGGUGUCUGCACCUUGCUGUCCCUUGACAAGUACAGGUGUGAGUGCACCAAAGGAUGGACAGGUCAACGCUGUGAGCACGAGGACAGUUGUCUCUCCAGUCCUUGUGCCAACGGAGGAAGGUGUAGUUCACAGCCUGGUGGCAGCUACACCUGUUCCUGUCCUCCUGGCUACAAAGGUCCCCGCUGCCUUAAUGACACAGAUGAAUGUGCAGACACACCCUCUCCAUGCCAGAAUGAAGGUGUAUGUGUCAACACCCCAGGCUUCUACAGGUGUAUCUGUAAACCCGGGUUUACUGGCUUACAGUGUGAAAGCUCAUACAUCCCUUGCUCACCUUCUCCAUGUCUAAACGGAGGCACCUGCCACCAGACCUCUGAAACCACCUACUCGUGCCACUGCCUUCAAGGUUUUAAUGGAACAAACUGCGAGAACAACAUUGAUGACUGUCCUAAUCAUCAUUGUGCCAAUGGGGGAACCUGUAUUGAUGGGGUCAAUACCUACAACUGUCAGUGUCCUCCAGAGUGGACCGGUCAGCACUGCACAGAGGAUGUGGACGAGUGCCGGCUGCAGCCAAAUACUUGCCAGAAUGGCGGCACAUGUAGUAACCUGGUUGGCAGCUAUGUCUGUGUGUGUGUUAAUGGUUGGAGUGGACCUGACUGCUCUCAAAACAUCGAUGACUGUGCCACUGCCGCGUGCAGCGCAGGCUCUACUUGCAUCGAUCGCGUGGCAUCAUUUAUUUGCCACUGUCCCCCCGGAAAAACAGGUUUGCUGUGUCACAGGGAUGACGCCUGUAUCAGUAACCCCUGUAGAGAGGGCUCACAUUGUGACACCAACCCCGUCACUGGGAUGUUCAACUGUAACUGUCCACCUGGAUACAUAGGCAGCACUUGCAACAUUGACAGAAAUGAGUGCAACAUGGGGUCUAACCCCUGCGAGCACAGCGGUACCUGUGUGAACACCGACGGGUCUUUCACAUGUAACUGUGUCAGGGGUUACACUGGGCCUCGAUGUGAACAAGAUGUCUUUGAAUGUGGUUCAAACCCCUGUCAGAACGAUGGCACAUGUCUGGAUCGCAUUGGAGAGUACACCUGUAUUUGCAUGCCUGGAUUUGAAGGAACUCACUGUGAGAUAGAAGUGAACGAGUGUAUGAGCUCCCCCUGUCUGAAUCAGGGUAAUUGUGUUGAUCAAGUCAGCCGGUUUGUUUGCGAGUGCCCAGCAGGUUUCAGCGGUGAAAUGUGCCAAAUAGACAUAGAUGAAUGUUCCAGCACACCCUGCUUAAAUGGAGCCAAGUGUAUCGACCGACCCAACGGAUAUGACUGCGAAUGCGCUGAAGGUUUUACUGGUCUGCUUUGUGAGGAGAACAUCAAUGACUGCAAUCCCCCGCCAUGCCAUCAUGGCGUGUGUAAGGAUGGCAUUGCCACCUUCUCCUGUGAGUGCAGCCCUGGAUACACUGGCUCCAUCUGUAAUCUUCCGGUUCAAGAGUGCCUCAGCAAUCCCUGUCAGAACAGAGGUCGCUGUGUUGAUCGGGUUAAUGCUUACCAGUGCAACUGUCAACCAGGAACAUCGGGUGUGAACUGUGAGGUUAAUGAGAAUGACUGUGCCAGCAACCCCUGUGAGUACGGAGAAUGCCAAGAUGGCAUCAAUGAAUACAAAUGUGUGUGUACCCCUGGAUAUACAGGAGACAGAUGUGAUGUUGAGAUCAACGAGUGUUCCUCCAACCCGUGCAUGAGUGGAGGGACCUGCGUCGACAAGGUGAAUGGGUUCCAUUGUCUGUGCCCACCCAGCACCCACGGCCCAUUUUGCCUAUCUGGGAUCGAUCACUGUGUUUCUCAGCCUUGUGUGCGUGGAAAAUGUAUUGAACAACAACAUGGGUACCAAUGCGUGUGUGAUGCUGGUUGGGUGGGACCUCACUGUGACCAAGAAAAAGACGAGUGCCAGCCAAAUCCGUGCCUAAAUGGUGGCGGCUGUCUGGACCGAUACAACGGCUACACCUGUCAGUGCAAACCAGGGUUCAGAGGUGUCAACUGUGAAAAGAACAUUGAUGAAUGUGCAUCUGGACCCUGUCAGAACCACGGUGUUUGUAAAGACGGGAUCAAUAGCUACACAUGCCAGUGUAGUUCACCAUUUACAGGUAAACACUGCGAGGUAGAACAAGAUCCCUGUGCUUCUCAUCCAUGCGAGAGAGGAGGAGUUUGUCUUCCAUCUCCAGAUUACACCUCUUACACCUGCAAAUGCCCACCUGGAUGGCAGGGUGCACGCUGCAACGAGGAUGUAAAUGAAUGCGUGAGGACUCCUUGCAAAAAUGGCGGUCACUGCAAGAACACUCAAGGAAGCUACAUAUGUAAAUGUCAGCUUGGAUACAGUGGACACAACUGUCAGACGGACAUAGACGACUGCUCACCAAAUCCAUGCCUGAAUGGAGGCUUAUGUGUGGACAACGUAGCCAAUUUCUCCUGCGACUGUCGGGCGGGUUUUGAAGGAGAGCGCUGUGGGAUCGAGGUGGAUGAAUGCGCCAGCCAGCCCUGCAGGAAUGGGGGCACCUGCCAUGACUACGUCAACAGCUUUGUUUGUAGGUGCCGACCAGGAUUCAAUGGGAUCCAGUGUGAGAACAACAUCCGGGAAUGUACUGAGAGGUCAUGUCUCAAUAACGGGACUUGCAUUGAUGGCAUUAACACCUUCUUCUGUCGUUGCCGUGAUGGUUUUUAUGGUCAUUUUUGUGAGUACGAGCAUAACGAAUGUGACUCUCAGCCCUGUAAGAAUGGAGGCACCUGCACAGACGGCCUGGGUACUUACCGCUGCUCCUGUCCUGUUGGGUUCAAUGGGCAGAACUGUCAGAACUACGUGGACCUGUGCAGCCAAAUAAAGUGUAAAAAUGAUGGUUCCUGCUCUCAGAUAGCUACAUCCUGGACCUGCCAUUGCCAGAUAGGAUGGGCAGGCCUUUACUGUGAUGUCCCUAACAUGUCCUGUGAGGACUUUGCUGCCAGAAGCGGCUUGGAAGUGAAAAAUGUGUGUAAGAAUGCAGGGCGAUGCGUGAGCGUAGGGAAUUCACAUAAGUGUGAGUGCCAGCCAGGUUACACUGGCAGCUACUGUGAAGAGAUGGUGGACGAGUGCCAGUCCAACCCAUGUCGUAAUGGAGCAACCUGCAAGGAUUAUCAGGGCACAUAUGAGUGUAUAUGUAAACCUGGUUUCCAAGGGGUGAACUGUGAGUACGAUGUGGAUGAAUGCCACUCUAGGCCGUGCCUCAACAGAGGAACAUGCAUCAACCUCAUCAACCACUUCACCUGCAUCUGCCCACCUGGAACACAUGGAGUCCAGUGUGAGAUGAAUGAUGAUGACUGUGCCCCCAGCGCCGGUUCUUCUGAGCCACGUUGUCGUAACGGAGGGCAGUGUAUCGAUGGCGUGGGCGGUUACACGUGCUCCUGUCCUGCAGGAUUCGUUGGAGAACACUGUGAGGGAGAUCUGAACGAAUGUCUGUCUGGUCCCUGCAAUUCUCUCGGCAGCCUCGACUGCAUUGAGCUGGACAAUAAUUAUCGGUGCCACUGUCGCCUCGGAUUCACAGGUCGUCACUGUGAAUCCAUGGUGGACCUGUGUGUGUCGAAGCCGUGUCGUAAUGGAGGAGUCUGCUCUAUGAACUCCAGCUCAAUGCAUGGCUACACCUGUUUCUGUCCUCCUGGCUUUACUGGAUUCAGCUGUAGUGAGGUAGAAGGUUACAACUGUGCUGAACUACGAUGCCAGAAUGGUGGGCACUGUGUGAAGCCAAACACCGGUCCCCUGUACUGCCAGUGCAAGCCAGGCUUCAGCGGGCCACGCUGUGAGACUCAUCAGAGGUGCUCUGUGCCAUGCCAAAAUGGAGGAAUCUGUUUCAAAAACCCAUCCAACCCAUUCCAGCACAGCUGCCGCUGUCCCGAAAACUUCUAUGGCCCAUACUGUGAAAUUAAAAUUCCCGCGGCAAAACCCCCUACUACGGCAAAACCCACUCCUACGGCAAUACCCACUCCUACCUGCCCCUAUGUGCAGUGUGCGAACCUAUCAGGGGAUAAAGUGUGUGAUGCACUGUGCAACAAUCAUGAAUGCCAGUGGGAUGAAGGAGACUGCUCUCUCAACUGGCGACAGCCUUGGAUGAACUGCACCACCACUGCAGUGUCCUGCUGGGAUCUCUUUGAGAAUGGACAAUGUGAUAAGGAGUGUGACAACCCCGGCUGCCUCUUUGACGGCUUUGAAUGCCGGGAUAGGCAGAUCAGCCCCUGCAAGUAUGACAAGUACUGCAAGGACCACUUUCAUAACGGUAUCUGUGACCGGAGCUGCUACACAGAGGCUUGUGGGUGGGAUGGCCUGGACUGUUCCCCUAAUGACCCGAGCAGCUUGGCAGGUGGCACGCUGAUCAUCGUGGUUCGACUGCAGCCUGAGGAGCUGCUUGGAGACCUAAAUGGUUUCUUGCGCUUCCUGGGAGCUCUGCUGCAUACCAAUGUUCAGGUGAUGCUGAACAGCAACAAGGAACCGAUGGUGUUCCCUUACUAUGGAGUGGAGGACGAGCAGAGAUAUCAAGGACAGAGGAGCAGAAGCAAGCGGGAAGCGGACAGAGAGGUUAUUGGCUCUGAGGUGCAUCUGGAAAUCGAUAAUCGAGAAUGUUUGAAGGCCUCAUCUCAUUGUUUCCCCAACACUUCUGUUGCUGCAUCCUUCAUAGCAGCAGAACACAUUAAAGCUGAGCUGCCGUACCCUCUUAUAUCUGUCGCAACAGCUGGAGUGAAAGAAGAGCCUUGUGUGAUCUGCCCAUACUUGAUUGGAGUUGCUGUGGUUAUCGUUCUGCUUAUUCUGGUGGUGGGGAUGCUGGCAGCCAAGAAGAAGCACAAACACGCUUUCUUAUGGCUGCCUGAUGGCUUCUUGCCCCAAAAAAAUGACAAGAGGAGAGAGCCUGUUGGACAAGAUGACUUUGACAUGAAGAAUUUCAAGAGCCAGGAUGGAAGUUUAGUUGAUGGAGGUCAGAGCCAGGGAUGGCAUGAAGAUGAAACCCCAUUCAAAAAACCAAGAACCGAAGACAAACCUCUUCUGUCCAUCCCACUGGAUGGAGGUGUUGAUCUAAGAGAGUGGACCCUGCAGCAUCGCAAAGCUGCAGACAUCACUCUCACUCCUCCACAGGCUGACCUGGAUGCCGACUGUCUGGACGUUAAUGUCAAGGGACCUGAUGGCUUUACCCCGUUGAUGCUGGCGUCUCUGCGUAACGGUGGAGGCCCAGACUGCAGCCUGCCUGAAGAGGAGGAGGAGAGCGGAGAUGAACCCGGGCCGAGUGUGAUUUCAGAUCUGAUCACUCAGGGUGCUAAUCUGAUGGCUCAGACCGAUCGUACGGGAGAAACGGCUCUCCACCUGGCGGCCCGCUAUGCUCGCGCUGAUGCUGCUAAGAGACUUCUGGAUGCUGGAGCUGACCCCAAUGCUCACGACAACAUGGGCAGGACUCCGUUGCACGCAGCGGUCGCAGCUGAUGCACAGGGAGUCUUUCAGAUUCUGAUCCGAAAUCGUGCAACAGAGCUGGAUGCCAGGAUGAAUGACGGCACAACGCCACUAAUCCUGGCAGCCCGGCUGGCUGUGGAGGGGAUGGUAGAAGAGCUUAUCCACUGCCAUGCCGACAUCAAUGCUGUUGAUGAUCACGGUAAAUCCGCUCUGCACUGGGCCGCUGCAGUCAAUAACGUAGAGGCUACGCUGGUUCUUCUGAAGAACGGUGCCAAUCGAGACAUGCAGAACAAUAAGGAGGAGACGCCAUUGUUUCUUGCAGCGCGGGAAGGCAGCUUCGAAGGGGCUCAGGUUCUUCUUGACCACUACUCAAACAGAGAUAUCACUGAUCACCUGGAUCGACUUCCUCGUGACAUUGCUCAAGAACGCAUGCAUCAUGACAUAGUCCGUCUUCUGGACCAGUACAAUCUGGUUCACAGUCCACACAAUGGGCCGAACCACAUGGGUGGAGGAGGAAACUCUUCUGUUAUGUGUGGAGCAAACGGAGCGGGCUUCAUCGGUAUGCGUCCCGGACCUCAAGGCAAGAAGAGCAGAAGGAGCGGGGGAGGGGCAAAGGUUGGAGGUGUUGGAGGAGGAGCUAAGGAGCCUAAAGACAUGAAGGCAAAGAGAAGAAAGAAGCCUCCUGGUGGAGAAGGGUCAGCUUUGGGGGCUGCAGUUGGUGGAGGAACUGGAGGAGGUAUAGGAGGAGGGGGAGCCAAUGGUGUAAAAGCAGCAGGAGGGCUUCCAGAGACCUCUGUCACCAUGUCACCUGUUGACUCCCUGGAAUCACCUCACUCAUACACAGGUGAUGUUUCUGGUGCUGUCUCUACCACAGCAAACUCCCCUCCUCUCCUGAGCAGCCCCACUAGCAGGAUGCUGCCCCCUGUCAGCCACAUGCUAGGGCAGCAGCAGGGCUGGGUGGGUGUACCCAAACGUAGCUACAAUGGCCACAUGUACAGCAUCCCCACCCAGAUGAGGGGGCUGCACCCUGGCAUGACCCAGCACCUCAGCCAGAGCUCGAUGCUGACUUCAAUGAAUGUCACCAUGAGCAGGGAGCAGCUGCCACCCAUCGUCACUUUCCAGAUGAUGACCCCUGGAGCGGGCCGGGCCAUGCUGAAGCCGACUCAGGCGGGUCAGGUACAAGUCACACAAGCCCAGGGGCAGAGCCAGGCUCUGGGUCACUCCCAGCAGGGACCGGGGAACCUGCACUGCAACCAGAAUAUGGUUUACCAGAUGCCAGAUCAGUUGAGCAUGGCACAUGGGCCCUCCCACACUCUGCAGGGCCCCCAUACGGUCAGCCACGUCAGUCAUGGAGGGAUGGAGGGCCAGUCUCGGCCGCUGCAGCCUUAUCCACCAAUGCAGAGUCCUGUGGACAAAUACCCCACACCCCCUUCCCAGCACAGUUACACCACUGGCUCAGAAGGUACUCCAGCCCACUCUGCCCAGCCACAAAGUGAGCAUCCCUAUCUCACACCUUCACCCGAAUCCCCAGAUCCUUGGUCUUCUUCUUCGCCACACUCCACCUCGGACUGGUCGGAUGUCACCACCAGCCCCACCCCACUGGGGAACACCCACCAUGCACUGCCAUCAUCACAACGCACACACAUUCCUGAGCAGGCACAGAUGCAGCCGCAGUCCCAGCAGAUGCAGCAGCCAACUCAGCAGCCUCAGCUGGGAAACAUGCAGGUGUUUGCAUGAAGCUUCCAAAGAGCAGAAACACACUGACUCAAAGAUUCAUAUGAAAACAAUCAGCUCUUUUCACAGUUCUUUCCGUCAUUGACUUGUGAUAAUAAUAAGCCACUUCUUUUUUAAUUUUUUUUUUCUCCGUUGAAAAAACAAAAACUCAGCUGAAGCUUGGAGGUAGCUGUUACAAGCUCUAAAAACGUUUCCAUUUAACCACACUCAUGCUGCCUUAGAUCUCUGUGGCCACGACUUUGCUGUUUGUUUGGUACCAAACUGUCCACGUAACCGCUGCUCCCCAACCAGGUGCAUCACAUCCUGGUCCUGUGGUCAUUUAGGGAUCAUCAAGAAUGUGUCAGCCAGAGGAAGCUCGGCUGCAUCAGGGUAACAAGUCCGUCUGUUAUCACAUCAAGACGGGACUGCAGAACACCAACGUUGCUUUCAUGCUUUCUUGGCACAUUCUUCAGUGUAAUAAACAGGUGUGCACGUGAGUGGUGCACAAGUGUGUGUGUGGUAUGAGCUUUACCAUCUACGUGUGUUUCCUUAAGCGACAGCAUGGAUCGCAUAACAAGCUUGUGCCCGAUGUACGCCGCUUGUUCCACAGGGGAACUACCACCACUGCUGCAGAUCCCAUAAUCUCACAUUGCGUCCCACACACGUGCACACACACACACACACACACACACAUGCACUUCCAUAAUUUGUGGUAAUCGUAUUGUUCAGUCUUGGGGGUGGGGUUUGUUUAAGGGGUGAGUACCUGAUGCCUAUAGAAAACAUGAUUAAAAAAAAUUAUGCACACCCCUGGUAAACGUUUUUGAUACCAUUCACUUUACGUUCUUUAAUUUUUUUCUCAUAGAAAAACUAUCCAAUUGUUCUUUUUUAUUAUCCAUGUAUUGUCUGUAUUAUGCUAGCGGUUGUUUUAUACAGGAGGUAUUGAAAGACAAAGAAGAAAAUGACCACCAUGCUGUAAACAUUUUCAGUGUGUUUUAGUUUGUUGUUGUCUGUCUUCUCUUUUAAAAACCUAGGUGUUAUAUCCUCAUCAUUGUUGCAGUUUAUGAUAGUUUUUACAGGAACAAACCAAACCAGAGUGUGAGGGUGCUUCUCUAAGUGCAGUACCACUAUUCUUUAUAAGCAGUGGGAUUAAUCCAAAAACGUCCUUGUUUCUAAGAUGUAAUGUACACACACCUAUAGCAUAUUCUGCUUGUUUCAUUUGCCGUUCUUAAAUGUCUUAUUUUUUUGUGUAAAUACUUUCCUGGACUUCCUGAAUGAUUUUUGAAUGUUGGUAUUUUUAACAACUGCCUCUUCUCUAAACUGUUGUCUUCCAAAAAUAUUCACUAGCUUUACUUAAAGAGCAAAAAGAUUAUUUCAGUUAAUUUUUGUCUCAAAGCUGAUCUUAAGCAUGGUUAAACACAAUCACAAACUGUUUAGAUCUGUAAGACCAAAUUGUGUCGUGUUGGCCUAGAACGCUUGUUUUUGGCAAAGCUUUGAUAAUUAAUCAAAAGUCAGACACACGGCACACUUCCUGCUCCAACCAAAAUGUUGUUGAAUAAUCAAGUCUGUGAGAACAAAGCAAAUGUUUAUGUAUGACCUUGUUUUUCACUGCCGCUGUGUCUAUGAUCUGUACAUAAAUGUAUUUUUGUAUGUUUAUCACUCUUUCCUAUGUUAACCUGUUAUAUUCAUACAAUAUGAAGUAGUUGUUUCAAUGUAUGCAUACGGUAGAGCUAAGACCGAUUACAUGAGUUGUUAAAAAACAGUGAUCAACCAAAUGCGUUUACUAAAAUAAAAGCCAAAUCUUCUUAGA